AUGCCCUCUCUAAGGGGGCGGGGGCGUUGUUGGGGGUUCAUACACCAGCAGCAUCAGCAGCUGUAUCUGGCAUCAAAAAUGACUGCUGCUGCUGCUGCUGUCAAUUAUGUUUUAGUGCUAAUCCAUCUAUCUUUUUACCUAUCUCUGUCUAUUUAUAACUAUCUCUCUAUCUAUCUCAAUCUGUUCAUAUCUAUUUAUCUAUUGCAGUCUGUACAUAUCUAUCUUUUUAUCUAUCUCUAUCCAUUCAUAUCAAUCUAUCUAAGUCUGUUCCUAUCUGUCUAUCAUACUAUCUGUUCAUAUCAUCUCUCUCUUUGUCUAUCUCUAUCUAUCUAUCUAUCUAUCUAUCUAUCUAUCUCAAAUAAUAUCCUCAUCUUUGUUGUUAUUACCAUAUCUAUCUAUCUAUCUAUCUAUCUAUCUAUCUAUCUAUCUUGGUCUGUUCAUAACACUAACCCUAAAUCUCUCUGGCAAACACUAGAAGUCUGCAGGUGA